AUGUCUGAUUUUUUUAGCACCUUCAAGAGUCAAUUACAAUCACUAGAUACUAAAUGUACAGGAAACAAAGUCAUGGAUACUUUUACGGCCAAAACUGGUUUACCAAGAUCAUACGGUAUUUUGGGUACUUUUGUAUUUUAUUUAUUUUUAAUCUUCACCAAUGUAGGUGGUGUUGGUCAAAUUUUAACGAAUUUUAUCGGUUUUGUUAUUCCAACUUAUUACAGUUUAGUCGCUUUGAAAACUAGCACCACUCAAGAUGAUCACGACUUGUUAAUUUAUUGGGUUGUUUUUGGCUUUCUUAGUGUCAUUGAAUUUUGGUCUAAAACCAUUUUAUAUUGGAUUCCAUUUUAUUUCUUCUUUAAAACUGCCUUUUUAAUUUAUGUUGCUGUCCCACAAUUCGGUGGUGCCAAGCUCAUUUACAAUAAUCUCAUUGAUCCAUUAACCAGUAAAUAUAUUAAAAUUGCUGAACCAAUUCCAAAUGAAUCUGUCUCUUCUGAAAUUAAUGAAAAAAUUGAUGAAGUUGCCUCUUCCACUAAAACCUCCGGUUUUUCGAGACAUCAUUGA